AUGAGGCUGACUUUCCUGGUCAUCCUGGCAGUGCUGCAGCUCUGCAGCCCAGUCUUCCUCUCUGACCCCCUGCUCUACACCUCUCAGCUGGAGGAGGGGCAGGAUGCACCCAGCAAGCCCUGGCUCAACCCUCUGCUGGAAGAUGUGGUCCCUGAUCUGGACAUCCAUAGUUCAUCCACACUGACAGAGACCUCAGAUCUAGAGCCCCAGUUUCUCGAUUCCCUGUUUAUGUAUGGAGAGAACGCCAACCUUAAAUGGGUAAAAUGGGAAGGGUCCCUCCCUAAUGGUGCUGUGGGCAUCUACAACGGUUACACCGAACGACAUGACUACAUUUGCAAAGUCAACUGCGAAUCUGGCUUCUAUACCGCAAGCAAAGGCAGUUUCUGCCAGUACCCCUACGCUGACAAGGAGCAUUCAUCCUCCAAGUUCGAAGUCCUGGUCAAUGUGGACAACUUUGAGUUUGUGGAGUGGAUCGAGGAGGAAUACGGUGCUGUCCCCCAACAUGCUGUCAAGACCUGCCAAGGUGUUGAGAUAUACGUUGGCAAGAACAAAUACGGUCUGGGAAAGGUUGUGACCCAACAUAAAGCCUUCUUCCUGCCUUGGGAGGGCGAUGAGUACUGGUACAAGAGAUACCAGGUCCUGGCCAUCAACAGGGACACCUACAGCCAGCACAUCUCUCACGUGGAGUACGCCAUUGACCAGAUCGAGCUGUUCAACCACCCUCCUGAGGCCAUGCAGUUUGUCAGGGUCACCAACCUGGAGUGCAGCAGUGUGGAGAAGAAGGUCUUGCUGGAGAAGACCAGCACUGUGGAGAAGACCUGGGACAUCGGCAGGGAGAGCCGCAACAGCUCCACCACCAUGACGGCCAAGGUGCCCAUUAUCAGCCCAGGCACCGUGGACUUCACCAAGGAGCAGACGGUGAGCUUCUCAGAGGGAACCACCAUGGUGGAGUCUAUCAGCCACUCCAUCUCUGUGGAGCUGCUGGUCCCUCCCAACCACUCCUGUGCCGUGCAGAUGGAGGGCAGGAAGAUGACCGCCGACAUCCCCUUCACGGGUAGGCUGAGCCGGACCUACCAUAACGGAGACACCCACUGGACCACCAUCACAGGGACUUAUGAUGGUGUGAAGGUGGGGGAGAUCAAUGCUGUGGUGGGGAGAUGCCAGCCUGUCCCUGAUGCCAUACCCUGCUACCUCAUUGAGACAGACCCCUGA